UUAAAAGUGAGUGCUUAAGUUAAUAAAAGUGUUACUUACUUUAAUUUGUCAAUACAAGUGUCUAUUUGAAAAGAAGAGAUUCGUUCCGGCAGUCAAGAUGAACGCAUCGGGUGUAAUUUUGCUUAUCCUGUCUAUCACCGUAGUUGUGGUGUCCAGCGCGACUAUACCAGAACGAUCAGACGUCGAGUGCCCUCUGGAGGAUAACCCAAAAACUGUAGAUGGGGAAGUUGUACACAACAUUACUAGGGCGGCAUCGUGUGUAAACGGUAGAAGGAUGGCGGGUUGCUGCGUAGCGCGAAACUCCUGCAACUUCAGCACCGAUGUCAUUGACCUCACGCUGUACGGACCACCCGGUUUCCGAAUGAUUUGCCAUCAUGUAUGCUGCCCCAUUCAGUAUAUUCUACCGAUAACAAUAUCGAAUUCUACGGAUUCGGACACCGACAGCAGCAACAACAAUUUGGAUAAUGAUAGUGAUGAUGAUGAUGAUGAUUAAAAAAUAUAAAAAAGUACAUUAAUAAAAUGGUUUUUUGUAAAAAAUGAUCUCUAAUUUGUACUUAUAGUUAAUUUUUUUAAAACCCUUAGUUUAAAUUUCGCUUUCGAUUACUUUAAACGUAAAGGAAACUCGUACUAAGGCUACUUCAGACUAGACAACAAUUCAAAAUUAACAUAAAUAAUAAUUAUAUCAUGAAUCUGUGAUCGUAACAAAAAAAAUAAAAAAAAUAGAACGUUUAUAAACCAACGUGAGAGCAAAACACAACUUUAAUUCAUUAGAAACAAAGUAGAAAUUCAAAAAGCAAGCUCCAUACAAAACAAGAAGGUUGGUAGAAAUACCAACAUAAUAAAAAUUACAAAUACGAGUGCAGUAGAAAUCAAUCAUGAAAUACACAAAUGUUUUAAAAAACACUUCAAUUAUGUUAUGUUAAGUAAUAAAAAUAAAUAAAAACAUUAAA